GCGUGCCCCGCCUGGCCAGGCGCUGGAGCGCAGGGCGCGGCCAGGGCGGGGUGUCGGGCAGUCUCCCGCGGAUGCCGAGUGCAGCCGACCGCCGCGAGCCACUGCACCGAGCUAGCCGAGGCGCCGCGCCCUGAAGCCGCCCCGUCCGGUCCCCCGCCUUGCGCAAGGGCGCCGCGGGGAUGGGGAGUCGCCGGGGCCUGGGCCAGCUGCCGGCCGGCCUCUGUGUGCUCCUAGGCGCGCUGCAGCUCCUGACUCGGACGCAAGCCGCUGACCCUGUGGAUGUGCUGGAGGCCCUGGGGGUGCGCGGAGGUCAGGCUGGGGUCCCCAAGGGGCCUGGCUUUUGCCCCCAGAGGGCGCCCGAUGGCGACCAGGCCUUCAGAGUGGACAGGGCCAGCGUGCUGGGUGCCCCCACGUUGCAGCUCUUCCCAGACGGGCACUUUCCUGAGAACUUCUCCAUGCUGAUGACCCUGCGGGCCCAGCCGGCCAACCAGUCUGUGCUUCUGUCCAUUUACGACGAGAAGGGGGCCCGGCAGCUGGGCCUGGCGCUGGGGCCGGCUCUGGGCCUCCUAGGUGGUUCCUUCAGUUCCCUCCCUCAGCAGGUGCAGCUCACCGAUGGCAGGUGGCACCGCGUGGCAGUCAGUGUAGAUGGCGGGACGGUAACCCUGGUGGCUGACUGCAAACCUUGGCCCCCCGUGUUGGGUCAGGGGCCUCGAUUCAUCAGCACGGCUGGACUCACUGUGCUGGGGACCCAGGACCCUGGGGAGGACGCUUUCGAGGGAGACAUCCAGGAGCUUCUCAUAAGUCCAGAUCCCCAGGCUGCCUUCCGGGCCUGUGAGCAGUACCUCCCCGGCUGUGACAACCUGGAUCCCACAACCACAGGGGCCCCCCAGGGUGAGCCGGAAACUCCUCCUCCUCGACGCAAGGGGAAGGGGAAAGGCAGGAAGAAGGGGCGAGGUCGCAAGGGAAAGGGCAGAAAGAAGAAGAAUCAGGAGACCUUGACCAUGAGUCCACCUCCUGGCUCCCUGGAGAACCAGACGUCCACGGCAGUUCCUAAGACAGAGACACCAGCUCCGAAUCUGCUUCCAACGCCCACACCUUUGGCCACCGCUGCCACCACCAUUGUGACUGUCGGUCACAACGUCACCAUCGUAGAGGAGACCCUGGACCCUGACAGUGGAAAUGAGCUGGGGACCCCAGAGACUGAGGCAGACGAAGAUGAAGAUGACAAAGAGGAAGGAGGUGGCCCCACCAUGGGCCCUGACUUCAAGGCAGCAGAGCAGCCAUCUCUGACCGAGUUCCAGAUCUUCCCUGGCGCUGGAGAGAAAGGAGCCAAAGGAGAACCCGCGGUGAUCGAGCAGGGACAGCAGUUUGAGGGACCCCCCGGCGCCGCAGGACCCCAGGGGGUGGUUGGCCCCAGAGGCCCUCCUGGACCCCCUGGAUUCCCAGGGGACCGUGGCUUACCGGGCCCUGCUGGCCUCCCAGGGAUCCCUGGCAUGGAUGGGAUCCGGGGUCCCCCAGGCACCGUGAUCAUGAUGCCGUUCCAGUUUGCGGGCAGCUCCCUCAAAGGCCCUCCAGUCUCCUUCCAGCAGGCCCAGGCCCAGGCAGUGCUGCAGCAGGCUCAGCUGUCCAUGAAAGGUCCGCCUGGCCCGGUGGGGCUCACCGGGCGUCCAGGCCCCGUGGGUCUCCCUGGAUAUCCGGGUAUGAAAGGAGAGAUGGGAGAAAUGGGGCCACAGGGUCCUCGAGGCCUGCAGGGCCCCCCUGGGCCCCCUGGCAGAGAGGGCAAGAUGGGCCGCUCUGGAGCAGAUGGAGCUCGGGGCCUCCCAGGGGACACAGGCCCCAAGGGUGACCGGGGCUUUGAUGGCCUUCCAGGGCUGCCUGGUGAGAAGGGCCAAAGGGGCGACUUUGGCCAUGUGGGACAACCUGGCCCCCCGGGAGAGGAUGGUGAGAAGGGAGCGGAGGGUCCUCCAGGGCCUACCGGCCAGGCUGGCGAGCCGGGGCCGCGAGGACUGAUCGGCCCCAGAGGCUCCCCUGGCCCCCCCGGACGCCCGGGUGCCACAGGAAGCGACGGGGCUCCAGGUGCCAAAGGCAAUGUGGGUCCUCCGGGAGAGCCAGGCCCUCCAGGACAGCAGGGAAACCCAGGGUCACAGGGGAUCCCCGGCCCCCAGGGACUCAUCGGGACUCCUGGGGAGAAGGGCCCUCCUGGAAAUGCAGGGAUUCAGGGCCCCCCAGGAGCUGACGGUCCUCCGGGUCACCCGGGCCAGGAGGGCCCCACGGGAGAAAAGGGGUCCCAGGGCCCAGCGGGGUCGGCAGGUCCUCCGGGCUACCCGGGCCCUCGAGGCGUGAAGGGUACUUCUGGCAAUCGGGGUGUCCAGGGAGAGAAAGGCGAGAAGGGAGAGGACGGCUUCCCUGGCUUCAAGGGUGACGGGGGCCUCAAAGGCGAUCGGGGGCAGCCUGGACCCCCAGGUCCUCGUGGAGAAGACGGUCCUGAGGGCCCAAAGGGGCCGGAGGGGCUGCCCGGUGAGGAAGGUCCCCCAGGUGCAGCUGGAGAGAAGGGCAAGCUGGGGGUGCCAGGUCUCCCCGGGUACCCCGGACGUCCGGGCCCUAAGGGAUCCAUUGGAUUUCCUGGGCCCCUGGGCCCACUAGGAGAGAAAGGGAAGCGGGGCAAAGCAGGGCAGCCGGGGCUAGAAGGAGAGCGAGGACCACCAGGCUCCCGUGGGGAGCGGGGACAGCCAGGGGCUACGGGGCAGCCAGGUCCCAAGGGUGACGUGGGCCAGGAUGGAGCCCCCGGUGUCCCUGGAGAAAAGGGCCUCCCUGGUCUGCAAGGCCCCCCGGGAUUCCCUGGGCCUAAGGGCCCUCCCGGUUCCCAGGGGAAAGACGGGCGACCGGGGCACCCCGGACAGAGAGGAGAAUUGGGCUUCCAAGGUCAGACAGGCCCGCCUGGACCAGCUGGUGUCCUAGGGCCCCAGGGAAAGACAGGAGAAGCUGGGCCUCUGGGGGAGAGGGGCCCCCCAGGUCCUCCAGGGCCACCUGGAGAGCAAGGUCUUCCGGGCCUGGAAGGCAGAGAAGGCGCCAAGGGGGAGCUGGGCCCACCAGGGCCCCUGGGAAAAGAGGGGCCAGCUGGUCCCAGGGGCUUCCCUGGCCCCAAAGGAGCCCCCGGUGACCCAGGGCCUGUCGGCUUGAAGGGUGACAAGGGUCCCCCAGGCCCAGUUGGGGCCAAUGGCUCCCCAGGAGAGCGAGGUCCUUUGGGCCCAGCUGGCGGCAUUGGGCUCCCUGGCCAAAGCGGAGGCCAAGGCCCUGUUGGCCCUGCAGGCGAGAAGGGGUCCCUGGGAGAGCGCGGUGCUGCUGGCCCCACUGGCAAGGAUGGGAUCCCAGGACCCCUGGGGCUCCCGGGCCCUUCUGGGGCUCCUGGGCCUUCCGGCGAGGAAGGGGACAAGGGAGAAGUGGGUGCGCCCGGUCACAAGGGAAACAAAGGAGAUAAAGGAGAAGCGGGCCCCCCUGGACCAACAGGGAUCCGAGGUCCUGCAGGACACCCAGGCUCCCCUGGAGCAGACGGAGCUCAGGGCCGCCGGGGACCCCCAGGCCUCUUUGGGCAGAAAGGAGAUGACGGCCUCAGAGGCUUUGUGGGGGUCAUUGGCCCCCCUGGCCUACAGGGGCUGCCUGGCCCUCCUGGAGAGAAAGGGGAGGUUGGAGACGUAGGCUCCAUGGGUCCCCACGGAGCUCCAGGUCCCCGGGGUCCCCAUGGGCCCAGUGGAGCAGAGGGCCCUCCAGGGCCGCCUGGAGGGGUUGGUCAGCCCGGAGCCGUGGGCGAGAAGGGUGAGCCAGGGGACGCUGGAGAGCCAGGACCCCCAGGAUCCCCCGGCGUCCCGGGGCCCAAGGGAGAAGUUGGUGAAAAGGGGGAUUCGGGCCCAUCUGGAGCUGCUGGACCCCCAGGCAAGAAGGGGCCCCCCGGAGAGGAUGGCGCCAAAGGAAACAUGGGCCCCACGGGGCUCCCCGGAGACCUAGGACCCCCAGGAGACCCUGGAGUUUCGGGUGCAGAUGGUGCCCCAGGGGAGAAAGGAGACCCUGGAGAUGUCGGGGGACCGGGCCCGCCUGGCGCUUCUGGGGAGCCCGGUGCCCGUGGGCCUCCUGGCAAGAGGGGUCCUCCGGGCCGCAUGGGUCGAGAAGGCAGAGAAGGGGAGAAAGGUUCUAAGGGGGAGCCAGGUCCUGAUGGGCCUCCCGGGAGGACAGGCCCCGUUGGGGCUCGAGGGCCGCCCGGGCGUGUCGGGCCUGAGGGUCUUCCAGGGAUCCCAGGCCCCGUGGGUGAACCGGGCCUCCUGGGAGCCCCCGGACAGAUGGGCCCCCCAGGCCCCCUGGGGCCGUCUGGCCUCCCGGGGCUGAAGGGAGACGCCGGCCCCAAGGGGGAGAAGGGCCACAUCGGACUGAUUGGCCUCAUCGGCCCCCCUGGGGAGGCUGGAGAGAAGGGAGACCAGGGGUUGCCAGGUGUGCAAGGCCCCCCUGGCCCCCAGGGAGACCCUGGUCCCCCUGGUCCCAUCGGGGCUGUGGGCCACCCUGGGCCCCCAGGCGUGGCGGGUCCUCUGGGACAGAAGGGCUCAAAGGGGUCCCCGGGAUCCCUUGGUCCCCGGGGAGACACUGGACCUGCAGGACCCCCUGGCCCCCCGGGCCCCCCUGCGGAACUGCACGAGCUGCGCCAGCGCAGGCGGAGGCGUUCGGUCCCAGGGAAGCCAGAGACGCCGGAUGGCGGCCUGGAGGAGGUGCUGGCGUCUCUCACGUCCCUGAGCUUGGAGCUGGAGCAGCUGCGGCGCCCUCCCGGCACGGCUGAGCACCCGGGCCUCGUGUGCCACGAGCUGCACCGCAACCACCCGCACCUGCCUGAUGGGGAGUACUGGAUUGACCCCAAUCAGGGCAGCACGCGGGAUGCUCUCAGGGUUUUUUGCAACUUCACGGCGGGAGGCGAGACCUGUCUACAUCCGGACAAGAAAUUUGAGAUGGUGAAGCUGGCCUCCUGGUCCAAGGAAAAGCCUGGGGGCUGGUACAGCACCUUCCGACGAGGGAAGAAGUUCUCCUACGUGGACGCCGACGGGGCGCCGGUGAAUGUGGUCCAGUUCACCUUUCUGAAGCUGCUGAGUGCCAGCGCCCGCCAGAGCUUCACCUACACCUGCCAGAACUCGGCUGCCUGGCUGGACGAGGCUGCGGGUGACCACAGCCGCUCCCUCCGCUUCCUCGGGGCCAACGGGGAGGAGCUGGCCUUCAACCAGACGGCAGCGGCCACUGUCAGUGUCCCUCAUGAUGGCUGCCGGCUCCGGAAGGGACAGGCGAAGACCCUCUUGGAGUUCAGCUCUUCCCGAGUGGGCUUCCUGCCCCUGUGGGAUGUGGCGGCCGUGGACUUCGGCCAGACGAACCAGAAGUUUGGGUUUGAACUGGGCCCUGUCUGCUUUAGCAGCUGAGGGUGGGAGGGGCUCUGAGGGAGCCCCACGUGGGGCACAAUGGUGCUGAGGCUUUGAAGCCACCAUAUUUAUCGUCUCCUGGGAAGACCCCGGAGCCAGCAGGUGUGACUGGGCUCAUCGUGGUCAAAACGGAGGUCCUACUCCCUUCCAGGAGGCCGAGGGUUGGACUCCCUGGCUCAGGGUCCAGCCUCCCCCACCGCACUCGAGGUGGUUUAACUGUAGUCUGGCUUUCUCGUCUCCAUCUGCACCCAACAUUCAACUUCCACCUGACCCCAUAGGACCCUCGUACAAUAACCGACUCAGACCCUCCGCUCAGCCAAUGCCUGCCCUCCCCUCCGUGCCCUUGAACGCCCUUUGGUGCUACCUUUGCCCAGAGUUAAGCACUGGAUUUCUCCUGAUCCCAGGCCGGACCCCUUUGCUCAUUCCUCUUCCCAGGUGGGUCCGUGGUGAACAGAUUGAAGUCAGACUGCAGAGGGAAGCGGCCCUUCCCUUGGCCAGGCUGUGUGUUCCCUCUGCUGCCUUGGCCCAGCUCUGCAGACUCCCCUCCCCCGCUGCCCGUUUCCCCAAGGUCACCUUGCCCUGCCAAAUGGUUUGGGGACCAAGAUGGUGGGGGUGAAUCAGGAUCCUAAUGGUGCUGCCCUAUUUAUAGCCGGGUCUGUAUUAAAAGGGAAAGAGCUCCUCUGUUGUGUAUUGAAUCUGCUUCCUCGGGAGAGAAGGCUAGAACAUGAUGGAAGAGAUUCCAGCACAGCCCCCGGCCCUCGCCCCUUGGGCUGCAGGGCAUAAUUGGCAUCUCAAGUCUGAGAAUAAACCAACGAACUGUG